AUGUCCACAUUAACAAAGUUGCAGAGGAGAACGGUCGGCCCUUUGGACAAGCGGAGGCGGGUGACGCGCUGCCUCGGCUGCGCGAAACGACGCAUCAAGUGCGAAGGGGGGGCCCCAUGUGCUCACUGCACUCGACAGAACACGAUGUGUGUUCCUCAAAAGCAAUCGGAACGCGGUGUGUCCAUUUUUGUCAACCAAACCCGACAGGGUGAUCUUGGCGGAUGCCACAAAACAUCCGAUCAGAAGAAAAUGGCUAUUACCAAUAAGCGCAAUUCGGGGAAUGACCAGAUUCAUUCAAUAGGGAGAGAUAGGGGUACCCGCCUUCUUGAUUAUUUUGUCUCUUUCAUUCAGCAGAACUUGUUCACUAUGAGCUUCUCAUCAAUAGUUCCGGAACUACUGCCUCUAAUUUCGACAUCUCCGCUCCUGUACCAUGCAGUGAUAGCGGUUGGUGGCUUGGAUGCGAACCGACAUAGUGCAGGACGUGCAUUACAGGGAGAGAAGCCCCCUUAUGUGGAUGCCAUGACUUCUUACCGUACGUCAAUGAGUAUUUUGCGUUCUUGUCUGGGAGAAAUAAAUGUGGUGCAGAGAGAGGACGUGCUUUGGGCCACGUUCUUCUUGGGACUCUUCGAGUUGCUCUCAGACGAUUCCGGUGAAGGCUGGGUCAAGCAUAUGCUCCAUGGAACAUCAAAGAUGCUUCAGCUUACCGGACCAAGCAGUUGCAUGUCAUCUCCUCGGAGGAUAUUCUACGACCUGUUUCGUGUCCUUGAAGCCAGCCGAGCAUUGCUCUAUAAUGAAGAAACAAUCCUCUCCCAGGAAUGCUGGCUCCGACUCCAAAAGACCUUGUCGAGCGAAGAAACUCGAUGGGACCCCAUGGAAGAGAUCAUUACCCUUAUGAUUCAGACGUCAGCUUUCAGCUUACGAGCUCAUGAUAUAAUUGAGAAUAUCUCUGAACCAGAACGGUUCACGAACCUAUCGGUCGCUCUCCUCGCGGCUGAGGGACUCAUGGUCCAAGAAAAUAUCUACAACUGGCACGCAAAGACGUUGCUGCAGCUGUUCCAGGACGACACUAAUGAGUAUUUGAACUUAGCGUUGCUGUACUACCAUGCACUGCUCAUCUUUCUCUCUGGCAACUAUGACUAUUUUCCCUACUGGGACAAACUUCAAGCACCGGUACUAUCCCCAAGCGAGGUUUCUGAUCAUCUGGUUGCGAUCUUGGACCUCUCGGCUGAUGUGUUACUCCAUUCCAAAAUUCCGGGAGUGAUGCUAUUUUUCCCAGUGACCGUUGCAGGAUCGCGAGCCCGAUCCGUUAAUCAAAAGUCCAAAGUCCUGAAUUUGCUCGACCAGGUGUUCUGUAAAGGAUUUGUGGUUGCAAACCGUGUACGAGAUGGUUUGCUUAUACGGUGGGCCGAGAGAGAUCAAAAAGCGAGUAUCCAGCCAUAUGAGAUAAGAAAUACUUGA